AUGAAUGUAACAAAAUCCAUGUAUAGCUACCGAAGUGGCAUAUUUUCUCCAUCGCAGACAGACUGCGAGAAACAUUCGUUGGGCUCACAUGCGCUAACGUUCGUUGGCUACGGUACAGAGAAUGGUCAACCAUACUGGCUCGUGAAGAACUCGUGGGGUUCGCGAUGGGGUCAGGGUGGGUAUUUCAAAUUGGCUCGUGGCCAAAAUGCCUGCGGUGCAGCAAAUACGGUAGUCGGUCCAAUUAUGGGUAAAUGA